AUGGGUGAUUGUGAGACAUCAGAAAAUUGUUCUGGCCUUGGCCUGGGGAUAGAGAAUGAAGAGCCAAAUCACUCUUCUGGAGAUUCAGAUGAUAGCUCAACUGUUUCAUUGAAGUUAACCCAAAGCAUUGCCAACAGUGCCUUUAUCAUCAUCUGCAUCUUUGGCUUCCUGGGGAAUGGAAUGGUCAUCCGGCUUCUGGGCUUCCACAUUAAGAGGAAUCCUUUCACCACCUACAUCCUGAACCUCUCCAUCGCUGACUUUGGUGUCCUUGCAGCUCUCCUGACUAUUAUUUUGCCUGUUGUAACUUUCUAUGAGAAAUCUCAUGUUGCUAUUUUGAUUAGAAAAGUAUUAUUUGAACUAUUUUUCUUCACGUAUUCUGUGGGCCAGUUUCUACUGACCGCCAUCAGCAUCGACAGGUCUGUGGCUGUCCUCUUCCCACUUUGGCAUCGAUGCCACCGACCAGCACGUUUAUCCACCAUUAUUUGUGCCCUGAUAUGGACCCUCUCUUUCCUGCUCUCAGGCAUUCACCUUACUCUCCUACUGACUCAGAGCUUUCCAAACUCUAACCUAGUGUACCAGCUUAUUGUAAAUGCCCUCAUUUGCACUCCUCUGAUGGUCACCUCCACUCUGGUACUGGCCCUCAAAGUCUGCUGCAAAUCAGAGCAGAAUCAACGCGGGAAGCUGCUCACCACCAUUUUGCUUGCACUUCUUUUCUUCCUCAUCUUUGCUUUCCCACUAAAUGCCAUUUACACUGCCAUCUAUUUUAAUGAGAAGAAUAUGAUUCUAAUGGAAGUUGGUUUUGUGUGUGCCUCUCUGAAUAGUAGUGUCAACCCGCUGAUCUAUUUCCUAGUUGGGAGGAGACAGAAAAAGGGCCAGUCCAGUGUCUCCAUGAAAGCUGCACUCCAGAGGAUUUUCAAGGAUGAGGAAGAAUCAGCAUCCAAAACUGAAAACUCAGUUAUGAUAGCAACUUAA